UUAUUUGGGUAAUUUAAAAUAAAAAAUAUCUGAUAUUUUGGAUAUUUCAAUGUUGGGUAAUGUCGAAUAAAAAUAUCUGAUAUUUUGAAUAAAAAUAUUAGGGUAACUCAAUUUUGGGUAAUUUGGUUUAUAAAAAGUAGUUUUUAGAUAUAUGGUUAUUUAGAAAUUAAAUAUAAAUAUUAUUUAUUGGUAUAUAAUUUGUAUUUUAAAAUUCAGGUACCCAUUUGGUUCUACGUUCGGUUUCAAUUUUCGGCUUCAGAGAUAUCAUAUCUGACGGGUUAUUUAUGAAAUUAAUUUCAAUUUUGGUUUUGUGUUUUUUUCUGUUUGAUAUAGUUCGGUUCACGGUUCCAUGUAAAUAUACCUAGACCUAUACAUUAUUUUAUAUUGAAAUUCAUUUAAAAAAAUAUUUAAUUUCAAAAACAAAUCCGCGCUUUCUAAGCGUGGAUCAAAAUCUAGUAAUAUAUUAUGAUACAGAGGGAGGGAGUAUAAUUUAAUUGUGGGUACGAAAUUUUCGAUUGGUGCGAAAGUUAGCUAAAUGAAAAGGAGAUUUGUUAUUUUCUCUUUUUUUUUUGUUAGCGUUAUCUUUUCUUGCACAAAAAGAAACAUUUUAAAUCUGAACAAGGAUAGGAUACUACACUAUGGUGUGGAAAUGAUGGACCGUCGCCGCCAAGCCGGUUAGAAUUGGGCUGGGCCUGAAGAGAGUGUGAAUUGUGGAUCUUGGUGAAUGUGAAUGAAUUAAAAGGUCAAGACAGUUUCGAGUUUCUUGGUUAUUUUACUUGUUUAUGAAGAAAUGUACAACUAGAAAAGACAUCAAUAUAGAACUAUAAAUACAGAGACUUCUCAUUCAAUCGGCACCCUCUCUCUUACUCCAAGUAUUUAUUAUUAUCAUCCGAACUCAUCAACCUUCCUUGGAGAAAUAUGAUCGGUGUUGACCAAAGAACGACCGGUCUGACUCAAGCUCACGCAGCUGGUCUCCGCCGUCUCUCAGCCCGCGCCGCCGCUCCAUCUACUCCUACGGUCAGAAACAGCCUCCUACCAUUCUCCACCUUCCCCGACGAAAUAAUCACACUUAUAAAGAACUCAGGCGUCAAAAUCCAACCGGGUCUCUCCGACUCCGAGUUCGCCCGAGUCGAAGCCGAGUUCGGUUUCGUCUUCCCACCGGACCUCCGUGUUAUCCUCUCCUCCGGCCUCUCCGUAGACGCAGGCUUCCCAGACUGGCGCUCUCCAGGAGCUCGUCGCCACCUCCGUGCCAUGAUCGAUCUACCAAACGCAGCUGUAUCGCUCCAAGUCGCGAAGAACAGUCUCUGGUGCAAAUCUUGGGGCCUUAAACCACCCGACCCGGAAAAAGCUUUACGGGUCGCGAGAAACGCCUUGAAGAGAGCUCCUCUGUUGAUUCCCGUUUUCGACCACUGUUACAUUCCUUGUAGCCCGUCUUUGGCGGGUAACCCGGUCUUCUUCGUGGACGAAACUCGGAUAUUUUGCUGCGGGUCGGAUCUAUCCGAGUUUUUCCAGCGUGAGUCUGCUUUUCGCAGCCACAAAACUCUAACCAAGCAGAUGUCUUCUGGAUCAUCCACGAACUUCUCUACGAGGAGCUUAGAUUCGGGUCGGGUUAUCGGGUCGAGUACUUCGAGAUGGGUGGAGUUCUGGAGCGAAGCGGCGGUGGAUCGCUGCCGGAGAAACUCUGGCUCCACCUCAUCGUCAUGGUCAUCUCACUCUACAUCGCCGGACCUUCCAAGAAAGGAAACUCCAAAAUGGGUGAACCAGUACGUAAACCGGAUCGGUUCGGUUUUGAGAGGAGGCGGGUGGGAGGAAUCCGAUAUCGACGAUAUGAUCCACGUGUCGGCAUCUGGUUUCUUUGAGAGUGAAGUGGUAGUUUUGGACAAUCAAACGGUUCUUGAUGUGCUUCUUUUGAAAGUGGGUAGGUUAUCGGAGUUGCUCCGUAAAACUGGGUGGAGCUCCGAAGAAGUAUCGGAUGCUCUUGGUUUUGAAUAUCGACGGGAGAAAGAAAGAAAGCCGGUGAAGAAAUUAUCGCCUGAGCUUAUAGAACGAGUUGAAAAACUUGGUGAAUGGGUUUCCCGGUUGUGAAACUUGUUCAUGCAUGUGUUUCUAAUAACACUAAAACAAAAGUAUUUCAUGAUGUUUAGAACACUAUAAUUUAUUUUUUUCUAAUAAAUUUUAAUCAUGGAAUUAAACUAGUAAUAUUCUAAUAGUGAUGAUGAUAUAUAAUAACAAAAAUAUGAAAUAUGGAUAGUAAUUACGUACCGAUAAAUCAGCAUGCAUAUGCAUCUUAAUUCUUAAGGGUCGUUUAUUUAUUAUGGACACCAACGCAUGUGUGAAGACUUCAUUUGCUUGUGAUGGCCGGACCAGGGCUUGCCAAUCCUGCUUCGCCUGUCCUUCUUUUGAUGUCGCCUUCGGGAUAGUUUGUGGCCCCUUGGACUGUUUCCGGUUGCGAUUCUCUAUUGACCCGAGUAAUCUUGAUGCAGGUGCUGAUUUCAAGAUCUUCUCUCUGGUCUCCUGUUAGCUAAAUGGUUGUUUUAGGAUCUGUUAAACUAGCUAAGAUUUCUCGCAGCCUCAUGGUUGUGACUGAGCCUUCUUAGUCUUAGUGAGUCUUUUUACUUUUUUUUUGUGGCUUACUAUGGCUCUACUGCUUUGUCUUGUCGACUUAGCGACUUAGAUUCAAUAGGAUUAGAUCAGUCGAAGUCCAUUGUAUCUCUAUGCCUCAUUAUUAAGUUAAUGAAAUUCA